AUGUCUGGUCUGAUCGACCUGGUCAAUCGCAGAAGCGGCAGUCAGUCUUCCAAGGCUGCAUGCACAAGUUGUGCCAUGUCGUCAAUCGCAUGCGGCCAGAAUUGUCUUGCCUGCCAUCUGCUGCCAAUAGCAGCCCAGUCUAUCAAUAGCCACCAGACAGGUUGA